AUGGAUAGUGGUUCUGAAAGUGAACAGCUCUACAAGGAGGAGAAGACCAACAUUCAAUACCGAGAGAUACAGCGCAACAACGAUGAUGGUCAGUUAUCGUCGGUGCAGGUUCCCGUAGUUAACACUGUCAACGUAGAAGAGUUCAAAUUGUACAAGCGACGAUGGUUUGUUCUAUUGUUGGUUACGUUGCAUGCUACGUCUGCACAAAUGAUCUGGUUAUCGUUCAGUCCCGUGGCAACCGAGGCGGCUGAAGUGUAUUCUGUCAAUCCAUCGAGUAUUAAUCUGUUUUCACUGAUAUAUUUAAUUCUAUCUAUUCCAAUGGGGUUUGUGGCAACGUGGCUCCUGGAUACCUUCAGCAUUAGACUAUCGUUAAUUCUGGCAUCCUGGUUGAAUACUAUUGGUAGCAUCAUUAGAGUACUCAGUACUAUGGAUUUUGUCAGUUCCUCGUAUACAUUUCCAGUGGCAAUGGCUGGUCAAGUGGUCGCAGCUACGGCAUAUCCGGUAUUCACCUCAUGCCCGUCCAAAGUCUCUAAUAAGUGGUUCCCUAAAAACCACAGAACGUUUGCAACGAUGGUGGCGUCGUUUCCCGGUGGAUAUUUGUUUGCCAGCCUCAUAUCUCCCAGGUUGUUAAAACAUACUGACAUACACAGUAUACAGUUAUUGCUUAUAGUGUAUUGCGUUCCUGCAGCUAUCGGGACAGUCCUUGCAACAUUCGGUUUGUGUAGCAGUAUACCACCAUCACCGCCUUCAGCAGCUGCACAGCAGCAAGACGAACCAUUUUGGCCAGGUCUGAAAAAGAUAUUACAAAUUAAAGCAUAUUGGUUGUUACUAUUGUGCGUGGGAUGUGAUAUUGGUAUAUUCAAUGCGACUACUUUAUUGUUAGAACAAAUACUGUGUCCCAAUGGAUAUACAGCGACGUUUUCAGGUAUCUGUGGAGCAUUAAUCAUCGGUGUUGGAUUAAUUGGAAUGAUUACGUUCAGCCUUAUUUUAGAUAGAACCAAAUUAUACCAAGAACUUAUUAUCAUCGCCAUUGGUAUUGGUACAACAGCACUUGUUGUCUUCGGAGGGGUGUUAACCAUUCCUGAUAUUGAAACAGUACUCAUCGUCCUAGCGUCGCUGUCUGGGUUUGGUCUGUUGGCAUCACUUCCACUGACACUAGAAUUAGCUGUAGAAACAACGUAUCCUAUUGCCCAGGCAACAUCAGCAGGAUUAAUAAUAGUCUCAGGUCAUAUACAAGGAAUAGCUUAUACUUUUAUAAUGCAAGCACUUAAACGACCAUUACCGGCGUAUAAAAUGAAAACACAAACAUGUGUUCAAGACGCACAAGAUAUGACAGUGUCCACAAUAUUUUCUGGAGCCUUACUCACAGUUUCUUUUAUAAUAUUUGUGAUAUUCUUCAAAACGGAAUACAAGAGAAGAAAAAAGGAAUUUUCUGCAGAGUCAGGAGUAAAUGUUCAAACAAAUGUGAACGAGACUUGUUAUUGA